GGGAACAAACAUUUAUUAAGUGUCUACUCUGUGCCAAGCACUGUGCUAAGUGCUUUACAAAUAUUAUCUCAUUUGGUCCUCGCAAUAACCCUAAGAGGUACCAAAUGAGAGGAAGAGAAAAAAGAAGAGGAUCCAGGAUAAAACCUUGGGGGAACACGACAUGGAAGAAGAUCCAGCAAAAAAGACUAAGAAGGUAACAGUAAGAAAGGUAGAAGGAGAAAAAGAUAACACAACUACAAAAACCCAAAGAAAAGGGAAAAUUCAGGAGGAGAAGAUGGUCAACAGUAACAAAUGCUUCAAAGAAAUCAGGAAAGAUGGGAAUCUGACUCCCAUAGAGAUGGUGACCUGCAUAAGGCCAUGCAGUGAGCAAGCAGCAAAGUGAGAAUCUGAACUCAACGUUUUCUAUUAUACCAUGCUCAAAUCUAGAAAUCACUCUGAGUUUCUGUAGCAGAAUAAGAAUGGAUAUUAUAACCACCCAUCUCAACUUCCUAAACAAAUGAUCCUGAACCUGUUUUCUAUUAAACUGUUCCUUCCGAGGUUACCAACAACUUUUCAUUUCUAAAGCCAAUGACCUUUUAUCAGCUUCUAUCACAUGGUGAAAUAGACAGAGUGCUGGACUUGGAGUCAAGAAGGCUUAUUUUCCUGAGUUCAAAUCUGGCUUCAAACCCUAUUUGUGUGAACCUGGGGAAAAAAUUUGCAUAUGAUUUCUUCAUAUGUAAAAUGAGAUAGCAAAGAAAAUGGCAAAUCACUUCAGUAUGUUUGCCAAGAAAAAACUCUAUAUGGGGUCAUGAAGAAUUGGAUACAACUCAAUAACAAUAAAUCCUUCCCUAACUUUUUCUUCAGCUCCUGGGCUUUGUGAGACUCCCUCCUUUUUCUGAAUGUUCCUUCUUCUCUUGGUUUUUGUAGAACUGCUGGUUCCUCCUACUUAUCUUGCUGUUCCUUCUCAACCUCCUCUACCUGAUCACCUGCCUCCAAUAUCUCCAACCAGGAUAAAUGGGAAUGUCCCUUGUGACUGACUUACUCAUUCAUCCUUCUGGGUAUCCUCUUACAGGGUAUCCACAGGCAUAUCAUUUAUUUCCACUUCUCCAGUUCUGUAAACUGAACAUAACACAAUAUUUACAAAAACCAAAGACAUUAAACCCACAUGCAGCCACUUUGCCUCCACUGAGAAUGAACAUAGUGAUGGGAUUAUGUCCCCAUAAGACCACACCUGGAGAACCAUAUUGAAUUCUGGAUUAGACAUUGUAGGAAGGAUAUUGACAGGCUGAAGAACAACAAAAUGAAGGGAGAUGAAUAAAGAAAGGACCAGAGAAGUUCUGUGAGGAUCUGUUCAAGUAAGUGGGGAUGCUGAGUCUAGAGAAGAUUUAGGAGAAACAUAUUUGUACAGCUGCCAUCUAGAAGAGAGAUUGGACUUGUUUUUCAAGGCUCUGGAAGAAAGAACAAGUCAUAAUGAGUAGAUAGAUGAUAGAUAAGUAGAUAGAUAAAUGCAUGGAGAUACUAGACAUAGAUACAUGGGUAAAUAAUUUAUACCUAAAGUAUUUAUUAAAUGUUUAAUGUGUAUCAGAAACUAUGCUGAGCACCAGAGACAUAAAUAAAAACAAGCCAGACUUUCUCUGCCCUCAAAGUUCUUAUGUUCUAAUGAGAACUGCAAUCCAUAAAGUGAAUCUGGAAAAGGAAAGGGUGUAAAGAGGAGAAGGGAAUAUAUUUGUGAUGGAAGUACUCAAAUGUCGUAAAGAUUUAGAAUUGAACAAAACAAGGCCAAAGCUGGCCAAAGGCCAAGGGAGAUCCCAGAAGGUAGAGUCCAAUUUUCCAACAAGAAGAAAGUGGAGAUGAUAACAGGAGUAAAAACAGCCAAUGGCAGGAGAUGGUUGCAGGGAGGCAGAUUUCAGCUUCACAUAAGGACCAGCCCCUUCUUACUGGUUAGAGCUACCCCAUGAUUCAAGAACUCUAAUGCCCAUUAUUAGGGAUCUUCAAGGGGAGGAUAGAUGGCCACUUGUUGAGAAUAGCAUGAUAGAAUGGAAAAUGCACUGAAGUAGAAGUAAGGCAAGACCUUCAUUUGAAAUCCAUCUCUGAUCCUAGAUAUGUGAGCCCCGAGGCUCCUAUAUGGGAGUGGACUUGCCAGGAAUCAUUUAACUUCUAUUUGCCUCAAUUUCCUCAUUAUAAGGAUAAUAAUAACACCUACCUUCCAGGGUUGUUCUUGCAAGGAUCAGAUGAUAUAAUAUUUAUAAAGCCCUUAGCACAAUGCCUGACACAUGGUAAGCACUAUAAAGGGUAGCUAUUUUUACUUACCCUCCUUCAUCCUUGAUUUCCACUUGCAUGUCAAUAAGUCAAGUCAACAAGCACUUAUUAAGCUAUUACUCUGAUCAUAAAAUGAUGGUAUUAUCAAUGUGAAUAUUACUAAUAUUAUUAGUAUUGUUAAAAAAUGUCAUUAUUGCUAUUAAUAUUAUUGAUAAUAAUAGGUUGAUGUGAGAAUCAGAUGAGAUGAUUUAUAAACCCUAAAACAAUAUAUACAUAUCAACUAUAAUUGUUAUAGAGGGCACGCUUAUUUAAGAAUUUGUCAGAAUAGGUGGAUUCUGAGCUGCCUUCCAUUUGUGUGUUCGUCCUCAGAAUUAAGUUUGUUCUUACUAGAUACCGAUGUCUCUCUCUACAUGACCCUCUGCCGAAGCAACCUAGUUAUUCAUCUACAGGAAGGUUGAAGAGCAUGCACAUGGCAGAAAUGCCUAGUGAUAAAUCUCUGUAAAUGGAAAACCAAUGGACUGGAUUUCUUUGGCUUUCAUCUUUACUGGCCUCUAUAGCUACAAUAUGGGAGGGGGCAAGAUUCCGGGAAGGCAAAACCCCACUAAUAGUCUUGCCAUUCAUUUCUUCCGCGUUUCUAUUGGUAAGUUUGCCCACAGUCUAAAUGGAGAUCUGAGUUCAGGUUUACCUCUGAGACUGACAAUCAGUAUGGCUUUUUGUAAAUUAUUUCACUUUCUGGGCCUCAAUCUCCCCACCUUAAAAAAAAAAAAAAAAAGGAGAAGUUAUUUACCCCACAUGAGACUUGCAAACCACUGGGCAGGGUCUAUUAGUCAAAGGACCCUAACGCUGAAAAGUGAAGAAUCCUUUGCAAAAUGAACCACAAACUAAUCCAUCGCUUUUGCCAUUUUGCAUUCUGAAUCCCCAGAAUUCGUGCCACUGGAAGGACCCUAAAGCAAUCUUAAAGAGGAAACCUGAAGAGAUAAUGAUUUAUGAUAACAUCUUCCCAUCCUGCAACCACUGGAUUUGAAGUCAGAAAGAAUGGGUUUCAAUCCUAGCUCGGCAACUGUCUUUGUGGGUUGUUCGAAUAUUUAUGGAGCUUGGCCUGUAUCCCUGGGCAAGGCCCUUAAUUUCUUUGAGUCUCAGUUUCCUUAGCUAUAAAAUGGGUCGGUUACAUGGAAGGGUCUCUAACGGUCCCUCCUAGCUCUCAAUCUGGAUUCAGGCUGCCUCUCCAAUCCGACUGACAUAACGCUUUCCGUGCCUGGUCUGCUUCCUUUCUAAGGGCCUCCGUUUCUCUCCAACGGAAAAGGUGGAAGAAUUUCUAUCUUAGAGACAGACAGGACCUCAGUUUUCCUGUCUGUGAAAUGGGGAGAUUGAUCCCUGCAUCGUGGGCUAGGGCAGGAAGGCAAGACUGGCAUCCUCCUCCUCCUUUUUCCCAUCUUCACAACUUUCCAGGAUGUGUAUGGAUUGUUUUUUUGUUUUGCUUUUUUUUUUUCUGCCCACUUACCUCAAUAAGAUUCCAUCCAUUCAUUCUCCAAGCUUUCCGAGUCCUUCCCUCUCCCUCCUCAACCCUCGCUCCUCCCCUCCUGGGAAGUUGGGACCGAUGGACGGGCGCCCCCUCGUGGCCGAUCAGGGCCGGCGAGUGCUGCCGGCCGCAGAGGCCCGGUGGGGGCGGGGCUGGGAAGGAAGGUUUAGGGAGAGAGGGAAACACAGGAAUUCUGCCCCCCCCCCGCGCGCGCCUCCUGAUGACGUCUCACGCCGGCGACGGACCCGGAAGGAGGAAACGUGCUGUGCUGAGCGGAGUGGCAGCGGCUCCCCGGGGAGGGAGUUCGGACAGGGUAAAAGCUUCCUAAUGGCGCAAGUAGGGGCAGUGGUGGCUGUGGCGACCAGUUUCUUCUGUGCAGCCCUCUUUUCAGCUGUGCACAAGAUUGAAGAAGGGCACAUUGGGGUGUACUACAGAGGUGGUGCUCUGUUGACCUCCACCAGUGGCCCUGGUUUCCAUCUUAUGCUUCCUUUCAUCACAUCGUAUAAGUCUGUGCAGACUACACUCCAGACAGAUGAAGUGAAGAAUGUGCCUUGUGGAACGAGUGGUGGUGUGAUGAUUUACUUCGACAGGAUUGAGGUGGUGAACUUCCUAAUACCAAAUGCUGUGUAUGACAUAGUGAAGAACUACACUGCCGACUACGACAAGGCCCUCAUUUUCAACAAGAUUCAUCAUGAGCUGAACCAGUUCUGCAGUGUACACACUCUCCAAGAGGUCUACAUUGAACUCUUUGAUCAGAUUGAUGAAAAUCUCAAGCUAGCUUUGCAACAAGAUCUGACUUCUAUGGCCCCUGGACUUGUCAUUCAGGCUGUUCGGGUCACAAAACCCAACAUUCCUGAGGCAAUCCGGAGAAACUACGAAUUGAUGGAAAGUGAGAAGACAAAACUCCUUAUAGCAGCACAGAAACAGAAGGUGGUGGAAAAGGAAGCAGAAACAGAGCGGAAGAAGGCUCUCAUCGAAGCAGAAAAAGUGGCUCAAGUUGCAGAAAUCACAUAUGGGCAGAAAGUUAUGGAGAAGGAAACAGAGAAGAAAAUUUCAGAAAUUGAAGAUGCUGCAUUCCUAGCUCGAGAGAAGGCAAAAGCUGAUGCCGAAUGCUAUACAGCACUGAAAAUAGCUGAAGCAAAUAAGCUGAAGCUGACCCCAGAAUACCUGCAGCUGAUGAAGUACAAGGCAAUUGCCUCCAACAGCAAGAUUUACUUUGGCAAAGACAUCCCCAACAUGUUCAUGGACACCGCAGGCAAUCUGGCCAAACAGUUUGAGGGGCAGGCCGAGGAUCUGGGCUCUGAAGUUGAGGACAGCUGGAGGGCAGCCACAGAGGAGCAAUGAGCACAGCGUUUUAUACAACCUUGAAGGACACCAAAAAGAAAUCUUUCUAUUUAUUUUUCAAAGAUGAAACAAUGUCCUUUCCCCAGAACUACCUUCUUGGACUCUCUACUAAUACUGUGAUGAAAUGGAAGAAAAAGAUUUAAACCUUCAUGUGCUUUAGGAGCUUGUGAUUUGGAGCUUGAUACAGGUGCGUUAGAAGUGACAAAAUCUGAAAAGCAUUGGAUUUUUUCUAAACCUUUGACUUUUAGCUCCAGGUCGCCCCUUUGAAGCUUGACUUAAUUGGGGAUGGUGAUGUUAAAGAGUAGGGAAAAUUCAGGGUGUUUCUGCUAGGUGAUUUGACGCUUCUAUUUUAUGGAGAAAUAGGGUCUAGUUCUCUUACCCCUGCCUACAAGGGAGGGGGUUUUGGGGGAAGCCCAGCAAUUGAACAAAACAUGUUUCCAAGGCUUGCCAGUGGAUUUAUGGAAAAACAUCUGCAGAAAAUCAAUUUUUUUUUUACUGGCAUUUUUUUUAUCACCUAUAUGUAUUGUUUUAGGAGCAUACUUUCUUUGAGCCCUUGUUUUAAAUAUAUAUAUAAUAACGGUGCUAGGCUUUGCAAGGUUUUCCUCAUGUUUCUUAUCCUGCCCCAGGGUAUAGAGGCUAGGCUAAAUCUGAUUGUAUAUUUCCAAGACCAACACGUGGUCACUAUGCGGUUUCUGAAACUUUUUUUUUCCCUUUUAACAUUCUGUAGAUUUUUCCUAGACAUAAAAGCUAGCCACAAAAAUAAGCAAGCACCACUCCCUGGUUUUACUGAGCAUUAAGACAACAAAAACACUCACCAGGUCUCUAAAGCCACUAAAAGGGAAGGCCCUGCGCUCCCCAGCUUCCCCCUCACCUCACCCCCAGAAAGGGAUGUCUUUACCUUGAAAAUGUAUCCCUCUAUUACUCAGGGAAACAAUGGAGAAGCCCCAUAUUAUGGGGAGCAUAAAAUGAUCCUAGUACAUAUUUCAGAGGAUUUCUUCCUAGAUUAAUUUUUAAUGUUAAUUUCUUGGGCAUUUGGCUUACCUGAGACAAGGAAAAUCCAUUUCCUUAAGCAGUGUGUUUUUUUAUCUUGUUUUUAUUGCAGAAGCCACUUAAGUCACUGAAUAAGCAGGUAGGAUGUUUUUAAGCCUCCUAAAGUGACUUUGGAAAUAGAAAUCAAAGCACCUGCUUGGCAUCUCUGGAACGAAACUCUUGUACCAAGAGUUUCAAAUGCAGAACACUACUUUAAAAUAGAAUACUGCUUUGGAAAGUUUUGGAAAUAUCUUGGGAGAUUCUAAUACUUUAUUUUUAGAGAGUCUUUCUUAAUAACUCUCAAAGGGGUAGCCAGUAGGGUAAGUCCAGUUUGCUUUAAUUUGGGGGAAGCUGUUUGGAUGCCUUCAGCCAUUCUCCUGGCACCAGCCCUGAACUUCCUUGGUUACCCUACUUCCCAGGGAAUAGCAGCGAAAAUUACUCUGGCUUGGGUCUAGGCCUCAUCCCUACAACCCUGCCUAAAAACUGACUUAGUGAGUCAAGAAUAAGGGUUGAGGGGAGAUGGGAAUUAACUGGAGCUGUUAAUCCUAAAACAUCAUGCCUUUCCCCCCUCAGAGUUUGGAGGGAAGGGAGGGAAAUGUUUGGACAUUAUGGAGUUAAUCAGCUCUUCCUGUCUUAAACCUUGUCCCCAUUCUAAAUCCGGAGACUAAACUUUGAAAACCACUGCCCAGUCUGCUUCUUUGAGCUGCCUCACUUCAUGCAUUAUCCAAGAAGCAAAAUCCAUACAAAGCAAUGAAGGAUGUGUUCUAUUUGUGGCUUUUUGAGUAUCCUUUCCCUGCCCCACCAUAGCAUCUCCUUCAUUACAGAACUCCAAGCCCUCUUUAAACUAUUCAGAGAUUCCAGUGGAUCUGUCCUCUGAGUGUGGAUAAUUCCCUUCAAAAGCGCAGAUUGCAGCCCAUCUCUGCCGACCAUCUUCAGACUCUUCCUUUGGAAUGCAGUCAGUUGAUGCAAAUUUCUUGGCAAAUUCGUCUUCAGUGAUUUGCCUGUUAUAAGCUUCAUUGUGCCCUGUGGGAGAAAAUGUUUGCUCUGUAUUCCUGGCUCUUGUUUUUGGGGUCUCAGACCUUUUUGCAAUUGAUUGACACUUUUCUUUGGGACGCAAUCCUCCAAGCUAUGGUUAGUACCAUGGCCGAGAUGGAAGGAGUUUGGGGGAUGUCCUAGACCAUCAUGCUCACAUUCUGAACCUGGGAACCUCUAGUUCUAGCCUCCUGUGCCAUCUUGUUCCUUGCACCAGCAACACUUUGACAUCAGGAAAACUGUUCAAGCUGAAACCUGCUAUAUAACUCAACCCUUCAGUGUUAAUCCCACAUUCACUUUAAAUAAUGCAAAUCUGUGAGUUUCUACUUUUACAGAUAUGAUGUGUGUUCCGUAUUGGGAUGAACAUGGGAGAGCUGGCCUGUUGGUCUAUUUUGGAGAUGUGUUUAUCCAUCCUUGUUUUUUAGCUCUUACUGGAAAACCUGUUCAUUAAACCAUGUUUGAAUUCUGAACAUGGAAAAAAAAAACAAUAGUAGCUUGCAUUUGAACAGGCAAUAAAGUCACAGCUGCUAUUUACAGACUUCUUGGAUAGCAAAAUAAGUAACAAUAUUUUUAGAAAAAAUGUUUUUUGUAGGCUUUUCCAAAGUAAAGUCAUUCUUGAUGAAUGUUUCUUGCUCAUUAAGAUUUGCAACAGCUAAUUCAUACAUUACCGUUCACUUUCUUUUUUUUUUAAACAUUAACGAGACUUGCAAGGAAGCCAAAGUUCUUCAUUAUUAUUAGUUUUUAUGUGAGGUGUCUGCUGUUGUAACAUAGGAGGGCAAUCAUAUAAUAAAGGGUCAGGGGUCAGUGUCCCCAAUGAUUCUAAAUGACAUGGCUUUUUUUUUUUUUUAAAGAAGGAAAGGUUUGUAGUUAAUAUUCCCAUCUUAUAUUUGUCUAGCGCCUUAUAGUUUCAUGAAAUAUUUUCAUAUCUAUUAUCCUGCUUGAACAUCACAUCAAACUAGUGAGGUUUAAAUGGGAUGGACAUGGGGGGAAAAAAGAGAUAAACUGAUAGGGAAUCAGAAUUCUGAAUGGCAUCAUUUUAUAUUUGGAUUCAGUUGAAAAUAUUGGCCAAAAGAAUUCCUUAGCAACAAUGCCAUUUCAAAUUUGUCAACAGUUUUUUUGGUGGUGUUUUUGUUUUGUUUUUUAAAUGAAUCUGGCAUUUCACCUUAGACUGUCAACACCAAAACUGUUCUUCAGGAUUUUCUACCAUUGGUAAAUUUUAAAACGUGAAUGCUUUCUCAUCACAAUUACUGACUUAGCCCUUUGAUUGCCAUUUAGUAUUAACCAUAAGGCUUCAUUACAUGUGCCCAUAUUUGGGCUAGUGGCUAUUCCAUUUUAAUAUGCCUAACCCACUUCUUGACUUCUUAGGAUUCCAUUGCUAUCACAACUCCUUCCAUUUCUCUCUUCUACCUCUCCUAUCAUUUCCUUGUAAAUGAAGUGACAGACAGCCAACUAGUAGUCUGUUCCUUUUCCAUCUCUUUUUUAUGAGCAAGUGGUUGAAUGUUCCAAAUGAUUCUUUUUUCCAAAGGGCCCAGAAGAAUAGGUGACCCUUUAUGCUGGAGAAAUUAGUAUGUGGUGUUAUUGAUUCUAUAGAUGAUGCAGCUAAAGUUGAUUGUAUUACAUUGCUAUCUGGAAGUGAGAUUUUUUUGGGGGCGGGGGGAGGACCAUAUGGGGGUCCUAUGUGAAUGUAAAAGGUCUUUGGGUUUUGUUGUUCAUUCUUUCAAUAAAAAUGGGUUUUUGGU